CCCCCCCCCCCAACCCAAAGAAUAUCUUCAAUUUCCAAGGCGCCCCUCGGUUUAAGCAAUUCUAGCUGCAGCUGGAGCUCCGUUCUUAAUUCUGAUUUCAUUUUGGAGUUUUCUUUUUGGAGAGACGAGUCUGAGAGAAAAAUGCUGUGUAGGAUGGUGUUGGUGCCCAGGAAGAAGAAGAUUGGGAAAGUGCCGGUUUAUCUGAAUGUGUACGAUCUUACUCCGAUCAAUGGCUACGCGUAUUGGCUCGGCCUUGGGGUCUACCAUUCCGGUGUACAAGUACAUGGUGUUGAAUAUGCUUUUGGAGCGCAUGACCAUGCAACGACUGGGAUUUUUGAAGCAUUUAUGGAGAAACUAGCAGAAGAGUACUCUGGAAACACCUACCAUCUGAUCACCAAGAACUGCAACCACUUCUGUAAUGAUGUGUCUACCAGAUUGACGGGGAAGCCUAUUCCUCGCUGGGUCAACCGUCUUGCUCGACUUGGUUUUUUCUGCAAUUGUGUUCUUCCAGCUGGUUUGAAUGAAACUAAAGUUCGGCAAGUAAAAUCAGAUGGGGUUUACAGUGGGGAUAAGAAGAAAUUGAGAAGCCUUUCAACUAAUUGUGCAUCCUCAAAUCCUCGGCCCUCUUCUUUACAACCCUCCAGUGGGGGUUCUGCAGGCAGAAGUAGUAGACAAAGACACUGUGUUCCUCCUUCUUCCACCUUGAUCCAUUCUGCAUCAACCUCGGCCUUGACUGUAAAGGUGUGACACCUAUUUGAUUGAGACUUUAUAGGGUUUUAGAGUCCAUAUGAACAACAGAUGGGGAAAUUGCAAAUUUUGGUUUUGCCCCGUUGUGUAAUCUGUUUUUAUUAUUAUGUAAAACAGCUGCUUGAAAAUUGUUUCAGUGUGCCUGUUUGUGUAAAAUGCUUCGUGUUUCUGACAUACUGGGGAGAUGAGGUUGAUGGCUUUCAAAUUUUUGGUU